AUGUCCAUGGAAGAUGUCAUGCUUGUGCCUAUCUCCUUUGCCGUUAUCCUCGGGGUUUUUGCAGUUGUGUCCAUCAUUGUGCUGUACAUACGUGGGCACAGAGACAGAGGCUCGGACCCUGGGCAAGAACAGAGCAAGGCAGCAACAGUCUCUGUUGGCGUUGAAGCAGAUGUAGAGGCGUCAGUACAGGAGAUUUUCUUGCGGGAUGAGGAGACAAUCUGCAUGAUUUGCCUGGAUACAAUCAAAAAAGAUGAGCAUGCCAGACUCAUGGAGCUCGUGGAGCUCGUGGCUAGGGUCUCCAAGUCCCUCACUCUCCUCCUCAACCUCGAGGACAGCUGUACUGCAACCACGCUUUUCAUUCCAGCUGCAUCGUGGAGAUGUGCAAGCGGCAAUGUGAGCAUUCUCAGGUGGAGUGCCCGAUUUGUCGGCACAAGCAACCGAUACGAGUUCGGGGAGAGCCAAUACUGUCUCCUCCUAGAAGAGGGCUCAGUGAGCAAAUUCAUGACAUUCACGACCUAG